AUGGUUAAGAAAACCACUGCCCUUCUGGCUUUGACCGGCCCAGCAUUCGCUGGCGUCAUCGGCAAAGCUUCUCCAAAGCACUCUGAGGUCGCGGUGACCACUGUUCCUACCUUGAUCACCAGGACCACCACCUACACCACGACUUCUUGCCCUGUGACCUCUUCCGUUGUCACCUCCGGCAAGAAGACUUUGACGGUCCCGAUUACUUUGACCAGCACCAUUACCGUCACCACGACCUACUGUGAGGAGGAAACUCAGCCCGCCGUCACGGCGCCUACGGCGCCUACGGUCCCUACUGGAAAGCCUCGGCCUGUCCCAACAACUGGUAAACCCCAGCCUACCGGCAAGCCUCAUCCUAUCCCAACUUCCAUUGUGAACCCGACUUCAAUUGUGAACGAGACCACUGUCAUUUCUGUUUGCCCGAGCUGCACCAAAACGCCUCCGGCUCCUUUCCAGAACACCACUGUUCCUGCUACCUCGACUACCAAUGUUCCUGUUCCUCCUAUUACUACCGGAACUGUCAUUCCCGGAACUCCUGGUGUUCCCGGCACUGUUAUUCCUGGCACUCCUGGCGUUCCCGGCACUGUCAUCCCCGGCACCCCAGGCGCUCCCGGCUCUGUUAUUCCUGGCCAGCCUGGUUCCCCAGCCACUGUCAUUCCCGGCCAGCCUGGAGCCCCCGGCUCUGUUAUUCCUGGCCAGCCUGGUUCCCCGGCUACUGUCAUCCCCGGCCAGCCUGGAGCCCCCGGCUCUGUUAUUCCUGGCCAGCCUGGUUCCCCGGCUACUGUCAUCCCCGGCCAGCCUGGAGCCCCCGGCUCUGUUAUCCCUGGCCAGCCUGGUUCCCCGGCUACUGUCAUCCCCGGCCAGCCUGGAGCCCCCGGCUCUGUUAUCCCUGGCCAGCCUGGUUCCCCUGCCACCGUUGUUCCUGGACACCCUGGCUCCGCUCCAUCCAGCGUUCCCGGAGUCCCCGGCGCCGCUGGCUCCUCCACCCCCGAAAAGCCCGGUGCUCCUGGUUCGUCUACUACCGAGCAGCCUGUCGCCCCUGGUUCUACUUCUACUACCACUGGCGUCUCUACCCCUCAUGCUUCCAGCGAAUCCUUCACUGGUGCUGCCGAGAACGUGCGCCCCGCCGCCGGCCUCCUGGCUGCCGUCAUGGCGAUCAUGGCUCUGCUGUAGAUCGCUUGACCAACGACCCGGUCACUUCCAAGCGACAGCCAGCUAUAACCUCAGAGCUUUAACGGGUUAGAAGGAAAACAAACAAAAAGCAAGAAAGAAAAUAUGGAGUUUAACGGUUUUUGUCUUUUUUUUUUUUUUUUUUCUUUUCUCCCUCUCUCCAAGGCCAGUUCCCU